GCCAGGCUGGCUGCUCUUCUCCCCAAAAUCUGCUGCCAUGCAGAAAAAGAGCCCCAAUUCGCCUUGAAAUCCUGCGAAUUGAAGCGGACCCCGCUGGCCGAGCCUCGUGCGAUGCGUGGCCGCUCUGGCGCGCACCCAAAGCGCUCGCGUGGCCACGGGGCUGCUGCGGGAUCCCCUCUCCCUCGCCAGCAAGGGGUUAAGCGGGGAGGAAUUGCAGCCUUUAUUAUCAGGGCAGUGGAACUGGAAAGGUGAGGCAGGAAGGGGAAACGCCUGGGCUGUGCCCUGGCGAGGCUGCACAGGCAGCGGCGAGCGCACAUGGUGCCGGCAGCCCCUCGCCCCGGCGCAGCUGGCACAGGUACGGGGAGAUGUGGGGAGAUUCGGGGGGGGCCCGAGGGGUGUUUCUGCAUGCGUGGGUUUGCGUAGCAAAUGGGCAUUCGAUGAAGCACGAGGCCCUGCAUCGGUGGCUGCCCCGUGGAGCUGCUGGGUGGUGAAAUCUGCUCGGCCCCGCUGCAAAGGGGCCAGGCUGCCGUGCCAAAGCAUCGCUGCCUGGAUGGGUGCACGGCCACUGGAUUCCGCUGGCGAGCGGCUUCCCCAGGAGCAAGCAGGAAGCGGAACGGCCUCAGCCCACCGCGGCGAGAGGUGGGAGAAGCUUAAACAGAGCUUAAAUCAGCAGAAACCCGAGCAAAAGCCCGGCAGGGCGCUGGGAGAGCACAAGGCGCCAUUCCCAGGAUGUAGCGCGUCGUGAAGGAGCCCAGACCCUCGCCUGGAAGGAGCCGGCAGCGCCAGGGCCGAUGCCAUGGAAGGAGCUCAGCCCCCGCUAGCUGCAGAAGAGCUGACAACCCCAGGGCUGAAGAAGGCGCACACCCCCCCUCUGCAUGAGGACGCCAACACGGCUGUCAUCGCAGUUGUUAUCACGCUGGUGUUCAUCACCCUGCUGACGGUCCUGGUGGUGAUCAUCAUCUACCUGUACAGAAACAAAGGCAGCUACCUCACCUACGAGCAGCCGGCGGCCGAGACGGACGUGUCGGUGCAGAUGGAGGACGCCCCCUCCAAGGAGAAGGAAGAGUAUUUCAUCUGAGCCCCCGGGUGCAGCGCGCGCCCCUCUCUUGCACUCAGGUCUGACGCCAUGUGGCCUAAAUUUCUCAGAGUCUGGGAUCUAGCUUUUUUUUCUUUUUUUUUUCCUUUUUUUUUUCCCUUAAUUUAUUAAGCAAACCAUACAAGAUAAAAACCAGGCGUGGCAGAGCACAGCCCCGCUCCGGCUGCUCGCACCCUGUCCUCCCUUUGGUGCUUCCUAAUACAGCCCAGUGACAAAUGCGUGAAGAAUCGCUGUUGUUUUUUCCUUAUCUCACAAAACAAUUAAGUUAUUCUGCUCUGGGUUUAGGGUUGGGGUAAUCAGCGUGGCUAAUUUCGAGGCUAAGGUGGAGAAUGCUUACAAGCAGCCUGAUCGAUCACCCAAGUCACAAGGGGCUGCUGGCACGGGCAGUUCCUCCUUUAAAUCAGCCCCCCCAAAAAAACCUGAAGGAGGAAGUUUGCAAAAUAGCAGCAAAGAGGAAAUAAGCGAAGAAACCCUAAGGCGUGCGACGGGCAGGAGCCAAGGGGGUUUAUUUGAAGUCUAACGCAAGUCUGCCACUUUAUUCAAAUUUUCAAAAUAGUCUUUAUUCUACUUUUUUUUAGUAUAAAAAAAUCCACAAGUUAAGUGCACCACAGUGUAUACAGAGAGAUACGUAAUGCUGAACUUCCAUAACAGUCAGUUGGAUGGUUAAACACAACAUAUACAGGACACAGAUUUAGAUUAAACUGAAACCUUGAGAUAAAAUAUAUUUGAAUCUGAUAUUUUUCUUCAUAAAACAAAACAAAAAAAGAAAAACACUGAGGAUCCCUGAAAUAUUCUUCUUAACCCUACUAAGACUUCAUUAUACCCAAGUCAUUUCUGAAGUAUGCAUUCGUAAAACAACUGAUUAACCAAGCUAAUUUGUGUGUUGAUUGACAGUUGCUACACACCCUUGUGCAGAUGGUAACCAGCCUCUCUGUUUGAACAACAGCCUUAAGGAGUUGUGGUGUCAGGACACCAGGUUGAGU